AGGCUCCAGUGGAGCUCAACAUUCUUUGUACCGUUGGACACAAUGGACACAGCGCCGUUCGUACCGUAUCAAGCUUACAAGUCGAAGAGACAUUCUCGCAACCUGUCCGGCCAGAACACAUCCCCAGGUCCUGCAUCACCUUCACCGACGCGUCCGUCGACCAACGGCUCUUAUUUGUCACCUCCGUCGUCGUCUCCUACGCAUACUCACCCACCGUUGCCAAACGGUAGUUCAGUGCUGUCUCCCAAUGGCAAUGGGGUGCAGUACGGUCACACACGGUCAUAUUCCUCCUCCACGGACUCAUCCGUGCUCAUUGUACCUCGUGCCAGCUCUCCCACUCAGAAUGCACCGUUGACGAGUGGUUAUGCUACAUACAAGAAGAGUGAAGCUGCUCCGUCACUGACCCCACCGCCGCCACCUAAAGAGAACCCGGUACAAGCACCACAGCCAUCACUUGCAGCGCCUGCCAUCAACCGAAUCUCUGUUGUUUCUCCCCCCAUCCCAGAAUCAAAUGCUGUAGCAUCAACAUCAACCUCGGCUUCGCCUGCUCCCCCUUCACCUUCCGCGUCAACUACACGAAGAACGUCCACCUUCCGCCACGUACCUCUGCGCGGCCAGUCCACUGCUCUCCCUUCGUCCCCACUCCGACCGGCCGUAGCACCCUCUCGUGCUGUCUCUCUGUCUUCUCGAGCGUUUGAGCAGACACUAGCUCCACCUAGAGAGCUACCACGCAGUAGACUGUCUUCCGAUGUAUCUCACGCUCGUCUGUCUGCGGCUCCACUUUCUCGAGAAACAUCCACCGGUAGCUCCAGCAAUGUUCGCAUACCCUCUCCCCUCGGCCCCUCACCACAACCACCCGCAAAAGAUAGACCACUAUCUUCUCUGGAUACGAAUUUCUCUCCUGCUCUCACUCCCGAACCACACAGUUCCGCUUCUUCACCAAGCCGUGGCGCCACACUCAGCCCGAUACAAACCGGAACCCAGUCCCAAGGCCAUCCACCCACGCCUCCUCCCAAAUCACCUUCUCCUAUUUCUACUCAUCCUUCCCGACCACCUUCUGGCUUCCACUCUCCAUCCCCCAGUACCACUACCCUUCCACGCUCGACGACGUCCACACCUACACGUGUCUCCGCAGCUCCUCGUCAAUCGGCGCCGUACCGUCCCGGGUUUCAGCCGAAAGGCGUUUAUCGUCCUCGGACUGACGAGUUUCUCGACGCUCGUCGAGAGAAACGCGAUGUGGAUCGUGUAGAACGAACGCGAUUGGAGCGUCGGCUCGAAAAGCUCAUCACUCUGCAUUUCAGCGAGCAUAAACCUGCGAACAAGGAAAAGGCGGCCGAGACGGAGAAGAGACCGAAUACGAUGGCUAUUAGGCGGGCUUCGUCUAUUUUCGAUUUUAAUAUCCGGGAUUUGAGGAAUAUGGACGCUGGAGACCUGUGGCGUGGGGUUGUGACGAGCCAGACGCCUGCACCGGGGAGUAAGGCAGAUAUACGGGCCUCUGAACAGAGCAUCACACCGUGGGAGGAGGAUGCAUCUGUUUCUCAGUGUCCACUAUGCGCCGCUUCCUUCCACCCCAUAACGAACCGGAAACAUCACUGUCGUCUCUGCGGACGAAUCGUCUGUGCUCUCCCUGUCAAGCGUCCUCAACGACCCGUAACCUGCUCCCUCCUCUUCGUCGCUGAUCCCAAGACCGGGGCGAUCGAAGAAGUAGGCGAAGGCGUGGACUACGGCGUUCGUAAGCGGACGAGCAGCACGGUCGGGCCCGCUCAGGGAAAGAAAACCGGGAAGGACAUCACCGCUGAGGAGGAGAAGUUUUUGAAAGGCGUCAGGAUCUGUCGGGACUGUUCUCCGGUGCUGUUACGACAUAGGUAUACACAGGAGGCUGCGCAGGUCCCGACGUUCUCAAAGCUCUACGAUGCGUUCAUCAAUCUGGAGAAGGAGAUCGAGGACGCUCUGCCUCUGUUUCAAGAGCUCCUCAUGACCCUCAACAACGAUGAUCAGCCUACCGUAGAGGCCUCCGCCGCACGGAAGAGACUGCUAGAAGCGUUCGCGCAAUACGACGCGCUUGCGAAACGGAUACGGACGCUGCCGACUCCUGGACCGGGGAGUUCGCAAGAUCGUGUUCAGGCCGCGAUCCUCGCUCGUGGGACGGCUUUUCUGCAGAAAAAUAUGUUCCCUCUGCAGUCGCUCCCCAAACCAAAGAAACACCCCUCCCGAACCUCCUCAACCUCCAACUCCCCCGCCUCCACCUCUUCACCCGCCACACCCGCGCCCGCGCCUAUCGAUCCCGACUCCGAAGUGGCCCACGUCCUGCAGCCCUUACUCGAACAAGAGGCGCUGCUGGAGACGUUCGUGGAGCAGGCGGCGGCGUCGCGCAAGUUCGAGGACGCGAAGACUUUGAAGACGAAUUUGAGGGAGAUUAGGGGGGAGAUCGAGAAGGUGUUGGCGAAUGCGGAGGAGAAUGGGGGUGGGAUUGGGGGUGGUGCGAGUGCGAGUGCGAGUGGGAAGAGGCAGAAGAAGGGGAAGGGGAAGUAGAUGUGUGAUUUGUGCGAUGCGAUGUUGUUUUUGCCUUUACUCUUGGUGGAUCUCUUGUUCUGGCUGUGUCCUCUGCAUUACCACUUAAUAAAUGAGGGUGCAUUCGC